AUGUCUGGGCGGGUUGAAGCUUCUGACCCAAAGAAGUCCUGCCUAGUUCAGGUGUCUGUUUUCUCUCAACAACCAACGCCAGUUCCUGAUUCAAAUAAAUGCAAGAACGGACAGGUCACUGUAGCGGUCACCUCCAAGAGCAAGUCUGUCACUUUCGGAUGUAGCGAAGGCGCCACCCUGAAGCCCGCUCUCCUCGAACAUGUUUUCAUUGAGAAAGCAACUGAGAAGAGUGGUGGCGCAUCAACUGGCAGAGAGGAGGAGGUUGUCUUGCAGGACCUCGUUCCAAAUAGUAGUUUGGUUGAGAAUGCAGCUAAUACCGGAAAUGACACAGUUGGCUAUACGCUGUCCUGCCCAGAUUUGCCUUCGUCUCCCCAAAACAUCUUUUACAAAUGUGUCUCAUCAGCAUCGGCGCGCGAACAGGUGGGAACACAAACAGAAUGCAAAGUCCUUAUCAAUAUUGAAGAGAAACCCGAGGCUGAAACGCCUGCGACGCCUGAACCUUCCAGAGGGGAACAAGGAGUCGUUCUGGGCAGUGCCUUUAUGAUUGCGUUCAUUUCUUGUUUUGCAUUGGUGACAGGGAAUAUGUUCUAA